CCUGGCUGUGGACACACACAAACCCACCCAGCACUUUCUAAGUCAAAAUGAAAAUCAUCCAGGAUUCUUCCCUUAAAUUUUAUUAAAACAGGGAUCGACGGGACCUAUCCAAGAACAGGUAUCUACAUAAUGACCACUCUGCCUAGGGAAGGAGGAAAAGGAAAAGGAGAGAAGGAGGAAGAAAGUUGAAACGAGCUGCGCAUGCUCUUACGCCUGCAUAUUGCGCAGGUGCAGCAGGGCCCUCGCCCGAUCUCUCACGGCUCAGCUCGGCCACACUCCGCGGGGUCGAGGCGCUAUGGAGUCGGUAGUGGAGGAGCUGAUGCCCCGCCUCUUACCGGUGGAACCCUGCGACUUGUCUGAGGACUUCGACCCCUCCGUGCCACCUCGGACACCCCAGGAGUAUCUGAAACGGGUCCAGCUUGAAGCAGCACAAUGUCCAGAUGUUGUGGUGGCACACAUUGAUCCAAAGAAGUUGAAAAGAAAGCAAACAGUGAAUGUUUCACUUUCAGGGUGCCAGCCAGCUCCUGAAGGAUAUUCUCCAACGAUUAAAUGGCAGCAGCAGCAAGUAGCACAAUUUUCAAGUAUUCGUCAGAGUGUGAACAAGCAUAGAAACCACUGGAAAUCACAGCAUUUGGAUAACAAUGUCACCAUGCCAAAAUCUGAAGAUGAAGAAGGCUGGAAAAAGUUUUGUCUUGGUGAAAAGUUAUAUGCUGAAGUGUCUCUUACUACAGCUACAGGUGAAAAUCCAGGAAUAGACUAUGUGCAGAUUGGUUUUCCUCCCUUGCUUAGUAUUGUUAGCAGGAUGAAUCAGGCAACAAUAACUAGUGUCCUAGAGUACCUGAUUAACUGGUUUGGAGAAAAAGACUUUACUCCUGAAUUGGGAAGAUGGCUCUAUGCUUUGUUAGCUUGCCUUGAAAAACCAUUAUUACCUGAAGCUCAUUCAUUAAUUAGGCAACUUGCAAGAAGAUGCUCUGAAGUGAGAGUCUUAGUGGAGAGUAAAGAAGAUGAAAGAGUAUCUGCUUUGAAUUUAUUAAUCUGUUUGGUGAGCAGGUACUUUGAUCAGCGAGACCUGGCUGAUGAACCUUCUUGAUAGUAAGACAAAAACAAUCUUCAAUUAUAGAAUACUUAUGAUGUAAAAGAAACAAGCAACAAGGCAGAUUUCAUCAAAAUUUCAGUGUUUUGUAACAAUCUUAAAUUUGAUAUAUUACUGAAAUUGAUGUUCUUCGCAAGAUCAAUGUUGUGUUUAAGACUCAUUUGGCUGAGUGGCAUGUCGCACAGUUAGCAAUUAGUUUUGUUCAAAAGUGUCUUCAAUUGCAAACCUUUCAGAAAUAUUAAAGUCAUUCAAUAAGUGAAAUGCUUUGUAUAAUAACUUUUUUAAGUUCCUAAAUAAUGAAUGCUGAAGAUACUUGAUGGAAAUAAGUUUUAAAAUUCCUUUUGCUGAAAGUAAAAUUAGGAUAUUAAGAACACAUUGACCAAAACAGAAUGAUCAACAUUAGGAAAUGAGAUAAUAUUUAUUGCAUACCACUGGUAAACUCAUGAGGAAUACUUAAUAUAAAAGAUUUGAACAUGUGCAACGUUUUAAAUUGUUCGAAAUGAAUAUUCAUGUUAUCUACUACAGUUGAAGAAUGGACAUUCUCAAUUACCCAUUUACCUGAAUGUAGUGAAAUUGACUUCCACAAGUAAUCUUUUUGCAUGUGAAGUCAUCCUAAUUUAUCUCAUGUUUUUAGAGCUACAGUUCUUUAUUCAUUUAUUGAAUCUAGUAUCCAACCCAUGAAUUUCCUUCAUCUGAUUUCUUGCCAAGAUUUACCUCCUUUCUAGAAUUCCAUUCUUGUUGAACCCAGAAAUUAUCUUCCAGGAUGUUUUUGUAGUGCUAUGAGUGGAUUUAAAAUAAAAGCUUUUUCAUACAAAUAUUAAGAUUGCUCAUUUUAAUAUAUAUCAGCUUUUUUUUUUUUUUUAAUUUAAUUUAAUCUCAUCCUUUCGUGGACCUGAAAAAAUUGGGUGUAAAUGAUAACUUUUUUCUCUUUGCUAAUUCAGAAAGACUUUUAAUUUUGCUCUCCUUUUUAAUACUAAAUAAAUAUUACCAUUAAUCAGUAGAGCACAAAGAAAUGUUACUUGGUUUU